AUGAAACUAUUAUCUGAAGGAAAAUUAAGACUUUGUUUUGUUCAACCAAUACACCUUAUGUCAUGGCUGCUCAUGUUUUUUACUCUAAAGUCUAUCUCUCCUCUAAAACCUGCUCGACUUCCAAUUUAUCAGAGAAAGCCUUUCAUAGCAGCUUGGAAUGCGCCAACAGAUCAGUGCUUGACCAAAUAUAACUUAAGUUUGAACUUGAAAAUGUUUCAUGUAAUUGGAAGUCCACUGGCCAGUGCAAGAGGCCAAAAUGUCACUAUAUUUUAUGUCAACAGAUUAGGAUUUUAUCCAUGGUAUACAUCACAAGGGAUUCCCAUUAAUGGAGGUCUCCCCCAGAACAUAAGCUUAAAAGUCCAUCUGGAAAAAGCUGACCAAGACAUUAAGUAUUACAUUCCUGCUGAAGAUUUCAGUGGGCUUGCAGUCAUUGACUGGGAAUACUGGCGUCCACAGUGGGCCAGGAACUGGAACAUGAAAGAUGUCUACAGACAGAAAUCAAGGAAGCUCAUUGCUGAUACACAACAGAAUUUAUCAGCCACUGACACUGAAUACUUAGCUAGAGCAACCUUUGAAAAAAGUGCAAAAGCUUUCAUGAAGCAAACUAUUGAAUUAGGAAUUAAGAGUCGCCCUAAGGGCCUUUGGGGUUAUUAUUUAUACCCAGAUUGCCACAAUUACAAUGUUUAUGUGUCAAAUUACACUGGAUCAUGCCCAGAAGAGGAAGUUUUGAGGAACAAUGAGCUGUCCUGGCUUUGGAACAGCAGUGUUGCAUUAUAUCCAUCUAUUGGUGUCAAGAGAUCCUUUGGAGACAGUGAAACUAUUUUGCGAUUCUCAAAAUUUCGAGUACAUGAAUCCCUCAGAAUUUCUACCAUGACAUCGCAUGAAUAUGCUCUGCCAGUAUUUGUUUACACAAGGCUGGGGUACAGAGAAGAACCUUUAUUUUUUCUUUCUAAGCAAGAUCUGAUUAGUACCAUAGGGGAAAGUGCUGCCCUAGGAGCUGCAGGCGUUGUCAUUUGGGGAGAUAUGAAUUUAACAUCCUCUGAGGCCAACUGUACAAAGGUGAAGGGCUUUGUGAGCUCUGAUCUUGGGAGUUACAUUGUCAACGUGACCACAGCGGCUGAGGUAUGCAGUCUUCACCUCUGCAGCAACAACGGGAGGUGCGUCCGGAAGAUGUGGGAAGCUCCAGAUUACCUCCACCUGAACGCUGCCAGUUACUACAUAGACGCCUCUGACGGGGACUUUAUUGUGAAUGGAAGAGCCACCGAGGAAGAUCUGGCAGUGAUGUCAGAGAAAUUUUCCUGCCAUUGUUACCUGGGAUAUCAUGGGCCCGAUUGCAGAGAAACAAAGGAGGCUGCUGGCUGCUCUGGGCCUUUAUCUUUCUCUGGCUUACUAACAACAACUUGUGUACUACUUCUAGCAGGGUAUUGUAACAUACAGUUGUGA